AUGGCGCGGUGCCUCGCGCUCGUCGCCCUCCUCCUCCUCGGCCUCGUCGCCAACGCCUCCGCCGCCGCGGCCGACGCGCCCUUCGUCGUCGCGCACAAGAAGGUUUCGCUCUCCCGCCCCAAGCCGGGCGUCGAGCGCGUCGCCGUCUCCCUCGACCUCUAUAACCAGGGAUCCGCGACUGCCUAUGAUGUGUCCAUUAAUGACGACUCUUGGCCAACAGAAGCGUUUGAGCUUGUCACUGGAGAGAAAUCGAAGACAUUGGAAAGGCUUGACCCUGGUGCCACUGCUUCACACACAUACGUCCUGGAGACCAAAACACAGGGCAGGUUCCAGGGUUCACCAGCUAUUAUUACAUACCGUGUUCCCACAAAGACAGCUCUUCAGGAGGCCUACUCAACUCCCAUCUUCCCGCUGGAUAUUCUCGCUGAGAGACCUCCAGAGAAGAAGUUUGAAUGGGCUAAGGAUGAGGUUCAGGCACUGGAGUUUCUAAUGAUAGUGGUCAAGUUCUUGUUAUCUCAUGGCUGUCAUUUUGACAUGAGAGAAUUAUCUAUUUGA